AACAUGCGAUAAAUAAUGCAAAAAAUUAAACAAUUGAUUUUGAAAAAAUGCAGGAAUUGUAAAAUUCUCAGAUGAUCAAAUCAACAAAAACUGCUUCCUUAUAAUAAUUAAUCAAUUUCGGAAAUGUUUAAAAUUUAAAUUUUUUGUGUUUGAAUUUCUGAUGGAGCUGAACACCUUUCCAUAUAGACAAUACAAUCUAGGAACUAUAGACAGAUUUAUUUCUCAGCAAAAUGGAUAUACAAUUUCUGUAAUUGAAUUCAUCGAUAUUGUUGAGCAAAUCAUACCUCUAUUAAACGUAUUUGGUCCAUCGUUCAAGUCAUUGGUAUACGAAUUGAAGCAGGACAUUAAUGUUUUACAAUCAAGCCAUGAAUCUGCAGGUUUGUUUGAUGAUUUAAAAGGCCUCUUGUGUUAUGCUAAUACAACUGGCGCAAAGAAAUUGACUGAAGCUGUCUUAUGGAUUAAUAGAUGCCUGAGAUGCUUUCAGACUACAUUAUGUCUCAUGUUACAUGCGAGAAAACAUGGUUAUUUAACGGGAUCCCUCGCACCAUUAAUACGGAUGGCAUAUAUUUACCACCUCCGUAGUUACCACUCAUGGUUGGACCAACAGAUAUUCGAGUCUCUUUUAACACACUCUCCACCGACAUUGAAAGUAGUCGAAGCCCUCAAGGACAAUGUAAAGGAAACUGUGGAAAGUGUCUUUUUCAGGAUAGCUAGCUUUGAAGGGACAUUGAAGAAAUUUUUAUCCCACUUAAACAACUCACUUGAAUUAGAUAUAAAUUGAAUCAAAACACAAUUACUUUUUUUAUAUUUACAAUCCAUAUGAUAUUUUUAACAUUACCUUUUAUUUUUCUUUGGGUGAAAACUCUUGAUUUUAACUUAAGAUGUUUAUUCUAAGAAUUGUCAUAGAAUUCUUGCAUACAGUCAACAAACUUUCAAAGUUAUAAGGAAUCAAAC